GCAGCGAGGCGGCACAGAGCGAAGGGGCGGGCCUUCCUACAGCAAGUCAUCACUGAUUGGCUUACCAGGCCCCCCCGCUCUCUUUGGAUUGGCUAUGAGACUUCUCUUCCCGCCCCUCUCCCCCUGCGCGUGCGCAAUAAGAAACCCGGGAAAAGGAAAAAAAAAAAGGUGUAGCAGGCAAGAUGGCGGCUGCCCCGGCGGGUGUAGGCCGCCUAGAGGAAGAAGCGCUCCGGAGGAAAGAACGGCUGAGAGCUCUACGGGAGAAAACGGGGCGUAAGGACAAGGAAGAUGGGGAACCAAAGACCAAGCAGCUCAGAGAAGAGGAGGAGGAAGGCGAGAAGCACAGGGAACUGAGGCUGCGCAACUAUGUCCCGGAGGAUGAGGAUCUGAAGAAGAGAAGGGUGCCCCAGGCCAAGCCUGUUGCGGUGGAGGAAAAGGUGAAGGAGCAGCUGGAGGCCGCCAAGCCCGAGCCUGUCAUUGAAGAAGUGGACUUGGCCAACCUGGCUCCCCGGAAACCUGAUUGGGACCUCAAGAGAGACGUGGCCAAGAAGCUGGAGAAACUUGAAAAGAGGACCCAGAGAGCCAUCGCCGAGCUGAUCCGUGAGCGGCUAAAGGGCCAGGAGGACAGCCUGGCCUCGGCCGUGAGUGCCACCACCGGGCAAGAGGCCUGCGACUCCGACUGACCCGGCCCGGAGGAGGAGGAGGAGGAACUGCAAGCCAGCCCCUUGGGGAGUGGGGGGGGGCAGCUUGUCUGCUGACGGUCCCCAGCUACCCCAGCGUGCCU